GUGAAUGUAACCAACCGUGUUGUGCAAUGCGGUACACAUUUUAUGGUUCAUUUAGUCGCUAUUACUUUAUGUAAAAUACGUUAAAUAGAGAGCUUGAUGUUUGGUUAAGAACUGUAUUUGAUAUCAAGAGCCAGUUGCAAUGAAUUAUUAGACGUGCCUUUUAAAACUUAGCGUUGGAGUACUAGACUAGAGUAGCUAAAGCUAGCUAGCUACCAAAGCUACCACGCAAGAGACAUUUCCAUAACGUGGACACUGUUUAACAAUAGUUGUGUGGAGUUCUUGUACACAUUGUAUACUGCAGUUCAUACAUAUUACGCUAAUAGUCGGCCAUCUGAACUGCUGUGUGUAUCUGCCCGAGCAUCACUAGCGUGCAGGAAGUUUGCUCGGGAAUACACCUAGGAGACUUCCUUGUUCUCCUCAUUGUUUUUUGGUAGGACGGACUUUUCCAGACUGUUGGUAGGACAGGUCAAGGCGAACAACAGGACGAGGAAGCACACGGGGUUGCAACUGUGCGGAAGACAUUGUUAGGUACAUAGUUUGGAUAACGCAGAUAAACGGGCUGUAACGAAAUCGAAAUCAUUUAUCCAUAACUGCAGUUCCGUUUAUCCUAUUCGGGAGGAAGAGCGUGGAUGGUGAAUUUGGGAAGGGAGGUGGAGGCUGUGGGUGCGCGUCGAUAGACCCGCCAACGGAGAACUCGUCCAACUACCAUCGUCCAAGCAAGAGGGUGAUCCGCAAAUCAUUGUCGAAGGUGAUAAACACCAGCGCAGGAGUCAGAAGCCUGAGGGUUUGGAUCCCAAAUGAGACAUUGCUGUUUUCCCAUUGAAUCAGCAUGCCGAUGGAGAUCCUUUGGUAGGAUGGGGAGCCCGGCACACCGGUGCAGGGACAUCGAGAGGCAAGCCGGCUACCUGCAGCCCGAGCACUGUGCCCCUCCCCCGCCGCGCACGGACCCGGACACCAUGUGGUUCAUCCGGGACGGCUGCGGCAUCGUGUGCGGGAUCAUCACCUGGUUCCUGGUCUUCUACGCCGAGUUUGUGGUGGUCUUCGUCAUGCUCCUGCCCUCCAAGAACCUGGCCUACAGCCUCAUCAACGGGGCCCUCUUCAACGGCCUGGCCUUCCUCGCCCUGGCCUCCCACUUCAGGGCCAUGUGCACUGACCCCGGUGCGGUGCCAAAAGGAAACGCAACUAAGGAGUUCAUUGAGAGCCUGCAGUUAAAGCCAGGCCAGGUGGUCUACAAGUGUCCCAAGUGCUGCAGCAUCAAGCCUGACCGAGCACACCACUGCAGUGUCUGCAAGCGCUGCAUCCGCAAAAUGGACCACCACUGUCCCUGGGUCAACAACUGUGUGGGAGAGAACAACCAGAAGUACUUUGUACUCUUCACAAUGUACAUCGCGCUGAUAUCACUGCAUGCCCUGGUGAUGGUGGUCUUUCAUUUCCUCUUCUGCAUUGAGGAAGACUGGACAAAGUGCAGUACCUUCUCGCCUCCAGCGACUGUCAUCCUGCUCAUCCUCUUGUGUUUUGAGGGGCUCCUCUUCCUCAUUUUCACAUCUGUGAUGUUCGGGACCCAAGUCCAUUCCAUCUGUACCGAUGAAACAGGGAUAGAGCAGUUGAAAAAGGAAGAGAGAAGAUGGGCUAAAAAAUCUAAGUGGAUGAACAUGAAGGUGGUGUUUGGCCACCCUUUUUCUAUAGCGUGGCUCAGCCCGUUCUCCACGCCCGACCACGGGAAGGCCGACCCGUACCAAUACGUUGUCUGAGACCCGGAGGUCAGCACUGCAAACCCCUCCCGCCUCCCUUGGGCGCAGACUGAUGAUGCGUACAGGCAGCGCUCCCCUCACUGACUCUGCAGGACGCAGCUGCAGCCUGUACUUCUGACGCUGUUUUAUUUUACUCUGACUGUUUUAAAACCUGUUGUUUUUUUUGGUUAUGUGUAAGCACUUGCAGACAGAAAGAAUUGACUUUUUAUCUGCUUGUUUAAAAAUCUGUUUUGUUGCUUUUCUUUGCCUGAUGCUGUAAUAACUUUUUCCUCCUGUUCACAUCAAUGCCCCUCCAACCCUUCAGUCUUAAAAAAAAGUGCUUUCUGAUUCAAUUGUGAAAUCACUGCAAACACAGCUCUCUAUUUAGAGCCUUGAAUGCCCAGACAAAUGAGAUUUGUAUUUGGCCUAGAAAGGGGGAAAUGAGAGCUUUCUUGCAAUGUAUCAAUUAUAGGACCCAACGUAUUUCCUGCCAUUGGAUAUUUCCUGUCAGGGAGAAGAUGCAUGGGUGGAAUUUCAGUUUGCUCUCUGCUCUCUAAAACGGUAAAGCACUUUACAUCAGUUGAAAAAAAAUAAAUAACUGCUGUUCUGAGCAUGGCUUUUCAACCAACAUUACUGUGUGUGCAUGAGGAUGUCUCCUAAGAGAAGCUGGCUGAGAACUCCCAACAGCAUCUAACAUUUAACGGCUGGACCCAUCAGAAUUCAUUUACUGAACAGAGUGGCUCUGUGGUGUGUUUGUGGCUGUGGGUUGGCCCAGGCUUUUGUUGGCAUGGUGUGGUGGCCCUGGUUGGGGGAGGGGUAUAGCGGUUGCAGCUCGAGUAGAUUCCGUUGUUUGGUUGAACAGAGUGCUAGGAGGAAAGACAAGUCCCUCAACUGCAGUAACAGCCUCAUACUGAGCCAUAUCGCUGGUGACGAGGAACAGCUAUAGUUGGAGCUUGUAGGGGGCAGUGUGUAGAGAGCAGUACUACUUGCAGCUCAUAGUCUGUAGGAAAACCUAUUAACUGCUGCUGGAGCUUAGACAAGCAUUCCAGGAUUGCUGGCAACGUGAAGAACAAAUUUUGUCAGUCGUCCAAAAAUGCAGUACGGCUCGACAAGGCAAAACUAACCCUGAUAUCAACCGACAGAGUUGGUAAAGUGAACUCUGGUGGGUUGUUAGCUUCUUCACAGUUGAAUUAACUCACGCCAUUUUGUUGUGUCUGUAGAGUCAGACCUUGUUGUGGCUUUAGAGUCAGACACUUUUAUGGCGGAAAAUCAGACACAAACUUUGAACGUUCUGCGUUACCCCAUGUGUUAGGAAUAACCCUCCACUGCUUGCAGUGUCUGCCAUGUUGCGGGGUGCUGGGAAGGCAUUUGCCUCCUGCUGAGCCAGUCUGCUGCCUCUCCGCUCAGCACUCAGAAAUAGAAAGAUGCAUUGGGGUUUAGACCCUGGGGAUUACUACUCAUGUCCAAUGGGUAUCAGUGCAGGUAAAUGGGGUGUAAGUGUUGUGUAGUUAUGAAGGAGUUGUUCAAAUAACACAUAAUUGUGUUUUUUAUUCACAGGUCAGAGCAGGGUAUUUCACCUGAAUUGCCACAGUAAAAUGACCGGCUGCAUUAUAUGUGAAAGUCGCCCAGGUGCUCUGCUAAGCAAAUAUUGAUAAUGAAAGAUGCUUCUCUCCGGCUAGAGAGGCUAUGAGUCACACUGCUGGAUCUGCCCAAACUGGCUGCCGUAUUGCAGUUAUAUAUACCUGUGGUUGUCAUGGUACCAUCUCAGGAAUAAGGCAUAAAACACAAAAGGGAAAGCAUCACAUUACAUUUUGCUGGAGCUGAGGAAUGCUAUGUACUGGACUUCAUAUGAUCAGAGAAGCACAGAUUCCUGAAGGUAAAGUGCACAGGGUCAUUCGUCUUACUUAAGCUUUGUCGGCCGUGUUGAAAAAGGGCAUUCACAACUUGGCCAUGUCACUGCCACUAGUGAAGAGCAAGUGUUGUCAAAUGGGAAGGUAAGACACAUUGGUCUCCGCAUGUCUAAAACACACCAGGGUACUGUCUGUCUACCAUCCUGGUGUCUAGAUGUGAUUUGUUGAAAAGGCAAAGGACUCAAACCUUCCCCUGUAUAUUCACAAGCCUUGUUAUUGAUGAUAGAGGGGCCUUGGGACAUUGUGAACAGAAGGACAAGUGAUCAUGUUUUCUGCGAACACGCAGUUGCCAAAUUAUCUUUUUUGAAAAGGGAGGAUCACAGAUUAUAGUUUACAGACUCCCCUGUGGGUAUGAAUGGAUCGACCGAUGAAAUUGAAAUAUACCAGUCGACCUGCAGGGGGCACUGUUAAAGAUGUUUAAAAAUUGAUUGCCUUUUUUUUUUUACUACAU